AUGUUUUCAUUGCCUGUCCAAGGUCUGGACGUCUCAGCGGAACCAGAGGACAGAGAAGUUCUAUGGACAGCGUGGUGCACGCAUGGAUUAGUCUCUUUAGUGCGUCACGGUGCGUGCGAUGUAGUUGGACCCCCAGCUCUCUCUCUGUCUCUCUCUCUCUCUCUCUCUCUCUCUCCCUGCCUGAACUUUGAGGAAGACAAGUGCAGAUCAACUUAUCGGUUGAGACGCGCACAAGAUCCUCACACGGAAAAAAGGGAACCACGUCCAGUGAGCAACAGAGUGGAGACGCCGCUGUGUCGUCAUGCGGCUGUGUUUGUGUAUUACUGUCGUUAAUAAGCACAGGAUUUGAAGGUCUUUGAAGCGUGGAGGAGGAGACAGGAGAGAAGUGGAUCACGGUCGCUAAAGGAUGACGAAUUUCCAAUUAAUGAUUCAUCAUGCCUGUGUUUCAUCACUGCUACUGCAUACUGUGGAGGUGGGAUGCUAAACACAGUGGACCCGACACUGGAACUCAAAUUUGACUGACAUGUGAUCAGACGCUCUCUUUCGCGUUAAAAGGGGAAUUAAACAAGUUUUCUGCCACCAUGAGUCUGGGAAAACUGCCAGGGAUUAAGGGCCUUGUGUCUGGCUCUCAGGGGAAACGCCAUUUCAAGAGCGAGCUCUCUGUGGACAUGAUCAGCCCACCGCUAGGUGACUUCCGACAUACUAUGCACGUUGGCCGUGGCGGGGACGUGUUUGGUGACACUUCCUUCCUGAGCAACUACGGGGGCAUCAAGGAGCCAGGAAGUCCAGACUCUACAAGCAGCUCCAAGACGACAGGGUUCUUCACACGCACCUUUCGGCACGUACGGAAGAACUCGGUGCCGCGGCCGCGAGGGGACUCCCGGGACUUGUCCUCCCUGCCACCAGACAUCUCGCCCAUCAUCAAGAACGCCGUCUCCCUGCCCCAGCUGAACAUGGACUCUCCCAAUGGGUGCCUACAGAGGGUGAUGUUCCCGAGCUCCAUCAGCUCCACAGACGAUUCCCUCUGCACAUAUGGUCUGCAGUCUGGAUUUGUCACUCUGCCUCGCCUCUCUCGCCUUGACAGACAGUUUCAAGAUGGAGACGUCCGGAAAGCGUCUCUGCCGGACAGCAGCGGCGUCACUCUGACACGCUCAGACUCCCUCGCCUCGUUCACCGUAGACAUCGGCCCUUCCCUAAUGACCGAGGUGCUCAGCUUGAUUGACAACCCCCGCUGCCUUCAAAUGACUUAUCACAGCCAGGCAGCAGGGGGGGGCGAUGAGGAGGAUGAGGAUGACGACUCUCUAACAGAGACGCCUGUGCAGAGCCCUGGGGUAACCUCGCCCAACCCUUCAAUUAGCAGUGGGUCUUUCAGCAGAAAGGUGAACACCAGAGAGGGCCCUUGUAGCUCUAACUGGACGGAGCCAGAGGAGGACGGGAGGUCUCUGCAGACACCAGAUGCGUCCACUGGGUCUCCACAGAGAGUGGAGCCUGUGAUGGAGGCAGACAGGUUCCAGAGGGCCGCCGACGUGCUCUCUCGUCAUUAUGGUGGAGGGUCCUUCUCAAAGGAAACGAGGAUGAGCAACACCAGGCCGUCUCCUGCUGUUUCCUGCAACCGCAAAACACCAUUUGUCUUCACUGAGGAAGAGGAAGAGAUCAAAGUCUAGAUAUGGAAACUCUAAUCGAAAGACAGGCUUCAAACUUUAUCGAGCCACUAGAAUCAUAAAAACCUUUUUGUAUGUCAGGUCAAACAAGUUUGUAUGAUGUUCUGUUGUCCCUUCACAGUAGCAUUGCUCCUAUUCUCACAUGCAUCUACAUGAAGGCGUCAUUGAUCAGCGACCAGAUCCUGGUCUUUAUUCAGUUGCUGUAGAAAAACUGAUCUGAUGAUGAUCUGGACCCUGGACUUCCCUUUUCUCUCUACACAACAUUGCAGUUGUGAUAUUGUACGAUUUUUUUUAUAACGGAAACUAUAGUAUAAGUCAUAAAAGGACUCUGAAGGAUUCUAUGUGUAUGUCUGUUUGACUGACUGGAGACACUGAAGAACAGAGGAUAUUGUAAGACUACUUUUACAGUACAUCAACAUCUACAUAAUUGUGAUGUUCAAAAACAAUGUUAAUUGCAUGAAUAUGGAUAACACAGCAUAUGGACUGGAUUAUAUUUUCAUAUUAACAAAUGUUAUAAAAGUCUGCGUACAUUGUAAUAAAUAAGUUAACUGUCA